CCAAGACGACGCUGCCAGUUUUGAUUUCAGCAUUCUCACCACAAAUGUCUCUGCACCUAUACGCUUGUACAUGUAUGAUUCUCUCUUUCUUCAUGUAUAUUUAUCCUUAAUACCCUCACAUAGUUCCUCAACCCUCGGACUGGUGGUGUGUACUUCAGGGAAAAAGCAAGAGAGAGGCUGAGACUUACUUUAAGCUUUACAGAGAGAAACGUUUACCCUUUCUCUCUAUAUUUGUCUGUUCUGGCCUUUCACGUUUCUUUGUAUCUAUCUCUUUCUCUCUGCUAAAAAGAAGCAGAAGAAGAAAAAAUGGUGGGGACUACUCUUUCCCAAGAGCUCAAAAACUACAUCCAGUCCAUGCAUGAUCAGGGCGUGCUUGAUCAUCACUUCGACCAUGUGAAGGCGUUGCAGAACGAAGAAAAUCCUCAGUUUGUUAUGGAAGUGAUCUCCAUGUUCUGCCAGGAUGCUGAGAUUGGGGUUGCCGAAAUCACCAGAUUUCUGAAUGCACCCGUUGUGGACUUUGCCAAGGUGAUCAACUUUGUUCACCAGCUCAAAGGCAGCAGCUCAAGUAUCGGCGGUCAGAGGAUGGCCCUCGCUUGUCGCGAGCUUCGACAAGCUAGUGAAAACAGGGACAAGGAGAGGUGCCUUGAAAUCUUUGAGAGGAUGAAACAGGAGUACAAUACUCUGCGGGGAUGCCUCAAUGCCAUAUCCCAGAUGGAGAGAACCAUCCUCGAGAAUGAGACCAGACGCCGAAACCCAUAGCAAGCUCCUGAUCUGUGCUUGCUGCUUUAGGCUUUAGGUACCAUUUUAGAAGUGGGAGGUGGUGUCUUUUAAUUUCAGACUGCUUUUGCGGGACUUGUUUUAUGCUUUGUUUAAACAUUAUCUGGUAUUGCGUGUUUGCUCUUCAUCGUGUCUUUUAUAUAUGUGGCUCUGUUGUGUUGGUACCUAAAUUAAUAAUAAACUAGAUGUCCUUUUUGUUGUGUCA